GGAAGUCGCCAAGCAAGUACAGCUAGGGGUUCGUUGAGCUUGGCGCCUGUGUGAAGCGAUGGUGAGUGCUGUGGAGAAGGUACCUUUUGGCCUGGAUGUUGAUGUUCUGGAAGCUAGAACAGAGAGCCUCAAUUUCAGGCUAAAGAACAAACUACAUCAUCUGUUCCAACAAAGUUUGCUGAAUCAGUGACAGUACUCUGUAGUAAUCACUAGAGAAUCCAGUAUUGUCCCAGUGUCAUACGGUGUUUACUAGAAGAAAGAUAUGAGAACUUUGAAGCCCAUUAUUCAGACGUUUCUCGCCGGAGUCUGUGUACUCGUUCUUGAAACGUUGCCAUGGAGGCGCAACGUUCUUGUGGAAAGUUCGAGCGUCGCAGAAACGGAGCCUCCAUUCGAUCGAAAUAAAUACACCUUACCGGACCCACCUCCUACUCCUGAUUACCCCGAUCCUCCAUCUACUUCCCAAAGAGUAGGUUCAUCACCCACUGCUGACCACAUGGAUCCACAAACGACUGUUAUAUAUCCAGGCUUGACGACCUCCAACCCUACUCUCAAGCCAUCAUUCUUCUGUUUAAGAAAUGGUUUCUUUCAAGAUCCCAUCGAUUGCAGCAGUUUUUAUCAAUGCUUUGGAUUAAGGGCAUUCCGAAUGGAUUGUCCAUCUGGGCUAUACUUUAAUACAAAAUUGCAGUCCUGCGACUGGCCACGAAAUGUUGCCUGUCAUAAUCCUCCCAGAUCUGUCGAUUCUUCAAAGUGUUCUCGAGAUGGACUAUUUGCAGAUUCCGAAGACUGUAAUCGAUUUUACACGUGUGUGAAUGGAAGAAUUUAUAAACACAGAUGUCCAAUUAUGCUCGUUUUCGACCAAAACUUUGGUGUCUGUGACUGGAGAAGCAAAGUUCGAUGUUCUUCUAAGCAUAACAAAAUUACUAAAAAUAGUUUAAAUUUUUGAAAUAAGAAUGAAUCUAACGGAGCCCAUAUACAGAACAAUGUACAACAGCAAGAACAGUAUUUAAGUAAAUAUAAAACCUGAGACGCAAACAUUUCUAGUUAGACGUAACUAUAAGGACUCAUUUUACAAAUAACCUUUAAUUUAAAUCUGUAAGAUCUUCGUAAUUAUAUUUUCAUAUUAAACGAUAUAAAGGUCAGUAACUAAUAGGUGGAAGAGUUCACUUUAAGUUAAAAAGGAAGAAAUGUAGCAUCUUAUUCUUGUGUUUCACUGUAGUAAUGACUUCAUUUUGAUCUAAGUUGAAGAUAAUCCACUGUUGUUGUUAAUGUUGCAAUGCUUUUUGCAGUGGAAUUCGACAACCCUCUUUUUUGUACUUAAGGUGUAGUUUACUAGUCGGAAUCUCUAAAAAUAGCAAACUUAAGGUUAAAAUAAUCCAAAUAUCCUAUACAAGUAAAUCAGUUGUUAUCAUGUAAAAUGUACAAACAAAGUAAGAAACUAUAUACUGAGCACAGCGAAAUUUCUCAAAUAAUACUUUCCUUACUAAGUAUAUUGAGAAUAUGAUAAGUGUUGACUCUUUUAGUUUUGUGUGUCUAAUUAUUCUAAAAUAUUCGUUAACCACACUAAUUUUUUUCCAAAUCUAGAGCUAAAAACUUAUCUGAUAC